CCACCACCACCAAUACUACAACCACUACCACCUCCUCUUCCUCCUCCUCCCCCCGGGGCGAGCUGCACGACCAGCCCCGAAAAGGUAACACUCAGAAUCCGCUGAUCACCUGAUCUGGAGGAGGGGGGGAGGGCGGUUCGGAGGCGAGGUGGGUCAUCGCUUAUUUUAAUGAAGUGAGAAUAAAAGUUUGGACUUAACCUUUUGUGUUUAAAUGGUAAAGGCAAACUGAAACAGGUUUUAUUCUAAUGAAGAUUGAAUGGACACAUCCAUAUGUUUAUAUUUACGCAAGGGAAUAUCAAGAAAGAAAGACAGAAAAAGAAAGAAAGAUGACAACCACUGAAUGAAAAAGAAAAUAACAAAGAGAACCAAAAUAAAAAAUAAAUAAAUAAAUAAAGAAGAAAACAUAAUAUGAAAAAAGAAAUAAGAGAAUGAAUGUUACAGAGUACAAAUUAUGAAUGAAAAAAGCAAGAUAAGAGAAAGAAAUUAAUAAAAAUUGAAAAGGAAAAAAGGAGAGGAAGAAAAAAGAGAGAGAAUUUUAUAACAAAAGAAAGAAGAGGAGGCAAAUGAAGACAAAUACAUAACAGAAAAAAAGAAUGAAAAUGUAGAAAAGACAUAAAAAUAAGUAAACAGGUGGACAGAAAAAAAAUAAAAAUGUAAGAAAAAUGUAGAAGUGAUGUAAAGUAUAACAAACGAAAAGGGAAAAAUAUUAAAGAAAAUGGAAGAAAGAUAAAUGGAAGAAAGAAAUUGCAGAGAAAAAAUGAAAAUAGAUAGAUAGAUAGAUAGAUAGAUAGAUAGAUAGAUAGAUAGAUAGAUAGAUAGAUAGAUAGAUAGAUAGAUAGAUAGAUAGAUAGAUAGAUAGAUAAAGCAGCAAGUAAUUGGUGUUAAGUUAUAAAAAAUAUUUUGUAUUAUUUUUAUUUGAAUUUACCCUUUAGAGAAAGUUUAUACACAAACAAUUUUGUAUAAAUGUUUUAAAUGAACAAUCGUACAUGAACUAUGGUGACAUUCAUCAUCAGGCUUAAUCUAUUAUUCUGCAGUCAACACACACAGACAUCAGUCCUUUAACGCCGCCAUGAUAAUGCAGUCCUCUUGUUCCUAUGUGCUGAAGUAUGCGCUGUCAUGUUUGUCUGUACACCAGUUCAUCUCCUGCUUAGCUGUCAUGUAAAUUAACACACACACACUCAUGCACGCACACAUGCAAGCACACACACACAUCUGCAGAGAGGAUGUGGGACAAUUGAGCUUUGAAGUCAGGCUGAAAGCAGAGAUUGAUCUGUGUCUGACACCCAGUGAGUGGUACCAUCAUGUUUUUUACAACAAUGGCUGGUCUCUUGUUCCUGUGAUGUCACAUCUAUAUGAGAUGGAGGGAUGUGAAUCCUUUAUUGUUCUCUGGACAAGUCAACUCUAUAUUUCAAACAUGUUGAAAAUGAAAAGUCCUCAUGUACCUCACUUUUUUGAUCCCAACAUGGUUUACUUUCAGUGCGUUAACAUUUGAUUAUGCUUGACAUUACUUGUAAGAGUUCAGAGGAAAACUAUAUUGAUAUUAUCAUAUUAAAUAGAGGAGAUAAUAAAGCUUUUAAUAUCACUGCUUCUCUUAUAAAUCUCCUGUUAUGGGCCAUAAUCUUUACAACACUUUUAUUUCACAUAAAAAUUCAUUUUAAUUGAUUUCUUUGUUUUAUAUAUAUAUUUAAAUUACAUUAUAUUUAUGGUCUUAAUUUGGCUUAAUGUGGCUUUAUGGGGGAGCUUUAAGCCUUCCAGCCCUCAAGCCCUCAAGCAGGUAGCCCAGGUUUGAUUUCAUCUGCGGCCUCUCUCUCUCUCUCUCUCUCUCUCUCUCUCUCUCUCUCUCUCUCUCUCUCUCUCACUCUCUCUGAUGAUGCACAAGUUAUCAUCAGUCUUUUUUGAGGACAUGCAAAGAGGCAAAGAGUUCAGUUUAGGUGACGAGGAACACAAAAAGUUGCUUUGUUUAAAUUUCUCUGUACCUUUUGAUUGAGUAUCAACACAAAUGUAAUCAAAGAGUGUUAACUUUGUGCUUGAUCGCAGAUAACUUACCUGAGCAAAGCUGGAGUCCAGAUCCCUAAUGGGACAUCAUGGGACAAGAGAAAGCCAGCGUCUAUUCCAAGUUUUCCAAGAACCACUUUUUCUGAGAAACAGUCAAAAUAAACCAAUUUUUAACAGUAAGCAUGUCUUCAUUGUGGGUUUGAAACUCUGCUUUGACUGCCUCCUGGAAAUUCAUUUAAGGCUCUCAUUAAGUGGGCCUUUUCACAGCUGGAAAAGAGUAUUUUCCAUUCUCAGUCUCUUAAAAAAUCCUUUCAGAUGCAUGGUAACAUUCACAUACAGUAUAUAUGUCCUUGCAAUUCUGCCAAGUGAACAAAGAGUAAACUUCUUCAUCUGAAGUCUGUAGGAGGGUAAUUUAAUGAGUUUUCUUAACUUCAAAUGAAAUGCAACUCAUUAAAGUUUGUACCGUAGCUUUACAGCCACGAGAGGGCACCGUGGAGCUGCAAGUUCAUACACAACCUGAGGUACACAAUGCUGCUGACCCUGAAGUUAUUACCUUCAGCUUAGAGCAUUCUGGGAGUUAUUCAGUUACUUUUAACUCUUAAUGUGAAGUUUGAAAAAGUGAAUGAGAGGAAAAAUAUAGUGAAUGAUGUGUGGUAGAAAACACAGCACACUCGUCAUCUGUUUAAAUGUGUAUUUGCAAUGAAAUCAUUCACUGAGGUUUGCAUGGAUGUUUCAAGCAACAUUUAGACAUUAUUAACUCACUGCAAGCAAAAUCAACCCCUCUAGCAACGACGGGCCAUUGUAGAUUUUUUUUUAAAAGUAAUCGGCUGGGAGAUGGGAUGAUCCCAAAAAAGUUGAAUUUCUUAGAUUAGAGUUAGCAGGGAAAGAAUUUCUUUCUUUAUUUGUGAAAUGUCUUUUAAAGAUUUUAUUUACCAACUCAUGACUGAAAAACUGAUAAGUGUGGUUACAUUAUUUAAUUAAAAUUUAGGACAAUUUGAACAUUUUUGUAUUUGAUUAUUGAUUCCUACAGUGGCCCUUCUGCGGGUUCAUUUAACCCUGAGACAAAAAAAAAAAAAAAAAAAAGAAAAAGGAAAAGAAAUUGCAGCUUUUUGAGGGCUCUCAUCUGGUGACCUUUGACAUUCAUCAUGUGACCCCUGUUGUUUUCCCCACCCCUAAAUUUUAAGUGCCAUGUGAAUACUGCUGAGUUAAAUACUUUAACUCUUUUACGUUUUUCAGUCUUACAGCGUUCAUCUCUAUUAAACCAGUGAGUAUGAUGAAAUCCACCUCACUAAAAAAAAUGUCUUUGUCAUGAUGACAAAACAAGUUGGGCCUGUGUUUUUUUUUCCCCGUCUGUCGGCCUCUCUCAGGACAAAAGACACGAAGAGAGGAGAGAGUGAGAGUCUGACAUGACAGCUUAAACAGCAGUGCCUGCCUGCAUGACUCACUCCGCACCUUUCACACACUUUCAGCUGGAAAAGUGGGCCCAUGUUGUCAAGCACGUGAUUGUUUCAUCACCUUGGUGACUCACAGUCCAGAAAUUCUCACACUGUGGAAGAAGGAACAUAUUUCAUCAUUGAAAGUCACUUAAUCUUGCCCUAAAAUUUCCCUUAUUAUCUAACUGAGAACAUCAGAAAUGAUGGUACGGUAGCAGCAGCUUUGGCAGCUAAUCCUCUUGACUUGUGAAUUCUCAUAGGCCAUUGGCUAAGUGCAAGGAGAGCAAGUUUUUAUGAUCAUAUCAAGUGUGGUCAAAAAAGUAAUAUGCCUUCUCUAGUUUGUUUCACUUCCAAAACUGGUGGGCUGAAAGAGGAAAUCCACUGGAUGACACAGGAAGUUUGAGAAUAAUUUGAUGUGAAAUAGAUGUCAAAAUAGAUGUAAAGCAGUUCAGCAGACAUGUGUUUUAAACUCUUCCUCUCAUUUGGUCUAAUGAAACAAUCCCGAAACCCAAAUUUCACAAAUUUACAUAUGAAUCAUAAAAUUUAAUGUUACUUCAAGGUCUUUUUUGUCAUUUUCAACUUGGUUGAUAAAACUGCUGUAGAGAGAACAAUGAAUCUAGAAAAAUAUCUCUUCAACAAGAUAGAGAAUUUCUACAAAUUAGACAGCUACUUCACAUAUUUUCACAGUAAUGAAGUUUAACUAUAUCAACUAUAAAAUCACAGCUGAGUGGAUCUCUGGUAAAAUUAAAGCUUUCUCAAUUUGAAUCUUAAAAAAAGGGUUGAAACUGAGAAUAUACUUCACUGUAUAUCAUCUUUAUGACCUCUUAACGGCACAUAGUAAAGUUAACAUCAAGAGAAAAUAGGAGAAAACCUUUGGAUACGAAUGGAUGAUGACUAAUGGUCUUCACCCUCACAGGUUAUAUUAGCUCAAGAUACACACAAAGUGAAAUAUUUCAGGACUUUUUUGGUUUCAAUCUUACUGAUAAUGGCUUAUAACUUAAAAUAAAUAGAAAGCACUAUCUUAAAACAUUAGAAUAUUAGAAAACAUUAAUACAAAAAAAGGAUUUACAAAACCAACCGGAAAACUAUGUUCAUUUAUGCUAUUGGUACUUGGUCCGGGCCCCGUCUUGGAAAAUUAACAAUGUGCAAUGAUGGCAAUUAGUCUGUGCCUUUGCUGGAGUGUUAUUGAGGUUAUUGAGGCAGCUCCUUCAGAUUGUUCGUAUUGUUGGCUCUGGUGUCUCUCAUCUUUUUCUUGAUGAUACCACAGAGAUCCUCUUUGGGGUUUAGGUCAGAUGGGUAGGCUGGCCUAUCAGGUACAGUAAUACCAUGGUCAGCAAACCAGUUUCUGCAAGUUUUUGGCGCUGUGGGCAGGUGCCAGGUCCUGACAUUUUUAUCUCCAGGACUUUGGAGCCCUUCUCUUUUCUUUUUCUAACCCCCCGGUGAAACCUAUGACGUCUCUGGUUCGGGAGUGUUGUGACAGCAGGAACAUGACACUUAGUUCAGUGUCAGUUCAAGUGUCAGUAGUUCAUUUACUGCAGACGUCUGUGUGUCGAGGCUUUUGAUGCUCUGACCCCUGCCUCAGUCAACUCCGUGUGAAGUUAAACCCUAAGUUCCUGCCUUGUUUGGAAAUCCUCUCAAGGCUGCAGUCUACCUUGUGCUUGUGCACCAUUUCCUACCACACCUUUUACUUCCAGUCAACUUUUACUCAUAUGUUUUUUUAUUCACCAAGAUUUUUUUGUCUAUGUAACUGCUGUGUGCGAUUACUCAAAAUAAAAUACUAAAAAAAAUAUUAUAUUUUAAUAGAGUCUGAGUCAAUCUUUUGGUCAAAUGAUGCUUCGAUUUUAUGGCGAGAAGGUUUCUAUGAUAUCAUGAGUUAAUUUUAUGAUCCUAUGCAGCAAAUCUUUCCACUGUUUUAUGAUUGAAUGAAAUCAUUCUGUCAAUAUAGUUAUUUAACCUCAUUAACCUUCAAAUGACUCAACAGUUUUACUACUUGAUUACAUGGGAGGAAUUUUUUACUCUCAAGCACAUGAUCUGGAAAAACAAAAAAAAGAAGACUGAUGGAUUCCUUGUUAUGGAAAUGUUUUCUUUGAGGACCCCUUUAUCAGCCUGUAAUUGCUCUCAUUUGGGAAUGUCCUCAGAGGAAAGAAUGAGGUCAAUGACAAAGACGUGUAUCAGGGUGGGAAAACUACUUUGUAAUGGUGGAGGGCUCUGACCCCUGCUCAGAGAAAGAAGUGAAGAAUUCAAAGCUUAUAUCCACUCUUUUGUCUUGUCCAUAGAUCGAAUAAAAAAAGACGACUGUGGAGUCAGAGAUCAAACAACUUCUGUUCGAUGUUAUGAUCAUAAAAAAAGAUCACGUUCACAAAGUGCCGUAUUUCACCUCCUACCGCAGGCACGUCCCAACUGUGGUGAUAGACUGAGACUCUUUCAACACAGAUAACUUCUUUGUUUGUUUAUCUCUUCUUCUGGCCUUGAGACAGUUCCUCUUUUGGCCGCUUGAAGCUCAGGGAGGAGUGACACACUGAUAAUUAACUCUCUCCACCCUGUUCGAAGCUUAUAAUAAGACUGGAUUGUUGCCAGUUUUAGCAACUUGUCAGUGUGUGAAUGAAACUUUUAAGAGAUAGGUCAGGAGGGCUUCAGGUUUUGACAUAUUUGGGAGAGAAUAGAAUGGAUCCGGUUUCCAGACACCUGUGUGGACUAUAAAGGGGUUGAGAGUGACAUUGAACUGAAUUUAUGUUUUUAUGGUCUUUAAAACCUCUUUACUUCUUCAUAUUUACAGCUGUCUUAGCUCCUCUUUUGUCUUUAAUCUGCAUCUGAUCCUGACCUCUUGGCACACUUGGCAGAGUUGCAAGGUAAAGACAUAAAACACAGCCUCAAGGGGAUCAAUAAACUAUCACAUUACUAUAAUUAACCUUGAAAGAUGUAAUUCCCCACUCUGCCCACCCUUACACAUUCAAAUACUUCAACCCCAAAUUACCACAAACUGGAAAUUCCAGGUGACAUAGAAAAUGGAGGAGCUCAAACCCAACCUCAUUAAACAUCCUUUAAUCAUGAGACUAUCCCUUUCUGCUUUCACCUCCCUGUUUAUAAAAUCAAAGCUAAAAAAAAGGUGUUUAUUUCAUAAGUCACAUGAUAAGUAACACAAUGAUGCAAAAUGUUGCCACACAAUGACAUAUGGCCUUACCUGAGCCCUUCAUGGGCUCACCUGACUGACUGGGGGUGUGGCAACUCAGGCGCUCUAUAAAUAAAAGCAUGAGAGGAAUUUCAUUCAUGACAAAGACAAACCCCAUCCACUGAGCUCAGCACACUACUACCAGACCUACCUGGAAGCUCCACCAUGCUCAGACCACACACAGUCCACAGACUCACCUCCUCCAUCCUGGUGAUCCUGGUGAUCCUGGUCCUUCUCUCUAGCUCUGGGGAGAGCUGGCCUCAAAAGGCCCACCGAGGGGCUCCGGAUGUGGAUGGAGGGGACAGUAGGAGGGUCCUGAUUCAGGAAGCUGUGAAGACAGGGAUCCUUGGAUCACUGGGGAUGGAAGAAGAGCCUAGACUGACCCAGAAGGCCUCAGAGGAAGAGCUGAGGACCAUGUACCAGCUCUACCGGGAGACACUGAGGGAGAUGAGAGGAAAUACCAGCGACGCAGUGAAGGAAACCAUGUCGACUGUGCUCUUUCCAGCUACAGGUGCGACAUUUUGUUAACCAGAUUCUGCCUUUGACACACUUUCACAAAGUUUAGGUGGGAGGAAGAAAGAAUGUUUCAUAAGUAGUUCAAAAAAUCCUGCAGCGUGAGUUUACAUCUGCAGCUGUUAGCCCAUGGUCUAUAAAUAACUUGAGUCAGGACAGCCUGUGCUCCAGGUAAAGAUCAGUCUCUACCUGGACUUUAUCUGAGCACAGUUUAAACACAUGUAAAUGAUCGGAAAUAUAACCUACAGGCAUCAAACAGUCCUGUGAACGUACUAUGCCAAGCUUUUAGAAAUCACAAACGUGACAAGAGGCUGUCAAAGCCCUAACUGUGGAUAUAAUCAAUAACCACUGCCAGCAUAGUCCAUGCUAAAACGAGUUCACUGUUGUUGUCUUAAAGUUAAAAUGUUACACAGCAUGUACUGAGCUCAAAAUAUCCCAUAAUGCACUGUAACAGUAAAGAGCCAAACCUCUAAUCAUAGCAUCACUUAAUAUAAGCCAAAAAUUAUGUGUCAAAACCAGAUAAACAUCAAGAUUUUAACUAAAUAAAAUCCUGUAUUUAAAAAAGAAUUUAAAUCUUGUUAUGAAAAGUUCUAGUAGAUUUAUUUGUUUACAUUUUACUGGCAUUUGUAUUUUAAUGUCUUAAUGGACUCACUCCUCAGUUUUUUUGCUCAUACAUAUAGAGACCACAGAGUUGCGGCAGAUCCACCAGAGCAGCAGAUAAAAAGCACUUAAUUCUGUAAAACAGCUUUGUCUGCGAAUGAACUCACUACCUGAUCUUAAAUAUAACUGCAAACUUCCCCACUUUGAAGAGAGCCAACAAAUCUUGGUUAUUUCAGCAACAAACUUGUACUUAUGUCAGAUUUUUUUCUGUGGAAAAUAGCUUAGCUUUUCUUUUUUCCCUUAUAAACUCAUGGUAAAAAUCUUUAACUCUCUUAAAAGCACUUGUGUUGCAAAUAAGCUUCCCCUAGAAACACUACGAUACUCGAAUCUGAUGGCUGUUUUCAUUUUGUCCUUGUGCAUUAUAUCUGUUCCUUACAAGUAAAUCAUAUAUACAAAUAAAAUAAAGAAAAAAAAUACAGCCUUGAUUGCCUCAAUGAGAAAAACAUCUGCCAAUGUGGUAACAACAUUUUCUCAUGGAUUUUUUUGUCUAAUAAGAUAUUUUUGAUGAGAAAUGAGACAAAGUGUCAAGAUUUGAGUUUUUAACUUGAUAAGAUUUAAGGUUUUGCAGUGAUAAUGGACAACUGGCUGUAACAAAACAGGAACUCUAUACCAUCAUGCAUUGGGCUAAAAGAAAACAACGCAACACUUUAACUGCAAAUAACAGAUAAAAAAGUACAAAUAGAGUCUAAAAAUGUUGUGAACUUUCUGUACAGCGCCUUAAAUUAAAUCCCCUUUACAGUGAACGGGAAGUAGUGAAUGAGAAGCUCUUGGUACAGUCCUCAUUUUUAGUUAUGGUAUUACUUGUAGAAAAACUUGACAAACAGACAACAGAGCUAUUGAAAUUUAAAAUAUAUUGAAAAUUGGCAAUAAAGCUCUUGUGAGGACCCCUCUGUUCAAUUUUGGCACUUUCUGUGUACAAAGUGCAAUUUUUUAUUUUUAUAUAUUUUUUGUCCUGGUUUCAUUUCCAUCUAAAUACUGUAGGAGCUUUCAAUAAGAUUAAGGUUUUGCUGAAUUUGCCUCUCACAAAGCUUUUCUUUUUUUCUUGUCUUUUAGUGAAGAAAAGGAAGGUUACCGAGAGGUCAGAGCACCUUCGCUCGGAUAACAUGCAGUGGUACAGAGCUGUUUUCCACAAGAACCCCAACAUCCAGGCCCAGGUAUCACUGGCCCGUGCUCGUCUGAAAAUUUCCAGGCAGAUUUUAGAUGAUCCUGCUUCAGUCCAGCCUGAAUUGAGACCAGUUAUCAAAGUUAAAGUCAACAGGAAGAGGCUGACAAACUCUCCAGUCUUUGUUAAUGGGUCAAGCUCUACAGAUGUAACACUGGAUGUCAGAUCAGAGGUGGAGAAGUGGAUUGGGAUUAAUGGAGAUCAGAAGUUGGUUGUGGAUGUUGGGAUUGCAGUGGGUGAAGUUAGUCUGGAGGCUAAUCCAACAAUUUCUCUGGAGUUAGACCUCAAAAAGGCUCCCAAGAGGAGACACAGCCGCUCCAAUAAGGAAGACGAGUGCGAUGAGCGAGGGUGGUGCUGCAGGAAGUCUGUCAUCAUUUCCUUCAAAGACAUUGGCUGGUCAGACUGGGUGGUGGCACCCACUGAGUACACCAUGCAUUUAUGUGACGGCACCUGCCCCCACAACUACAAGCCGGCCAGCAUGCACACACAGGUGAAGUCUCGGCUGCAUCAGAUCACUAAAGGAGAGACGCCGCGGCCAUGCUGUGUGCCAGCCGCCUACGAGCCCAUGGUGCUUAUGCACUAUGACAGCAGGGGAAAGUUGAAGCUGACGCCCUUUCCUGACCUCAUUGUUAGUAAAUGUCACUGUGCCUGA